AUUUUCAUUAUAUAACUUUUUAAAAUAUUUUCGUGCUACCACAGGUAUUAAGACUCACUCCAAAACACCCAGCGAAUGGGCCAACAUUUGAAUGCGGCUAAAAUGUGUUCUGGAUGCGAUCCAUCGACUUGAAUUGAAUACAACAAAGCAGCUUCAAAGCUUAGAGUGAAAACGAAAUGGAUUGCACAUUGAAAUUGAUAACAGUGCUCAUCUCGGUGAUAUGCAUUUUUUGUGUUGAUUUGCGUGUGGCUGGCGACGAACAAACGCUAUGUCCUCCUCAGAAGCUUAUUUUACCAUGCCGCUGUGCGCAAAAGUCCAACGAAAUUCAAUUAUGGUGUUCACACAGCGACUUACCUCGUGUUUUAAAUGGCAUCAAAUCAGCCGCAAAAUUUAUCGAUCGUCCAAUCGAUGAAUUGAUUUUGGAAAAUAAUCAGUUGCCGUCGUUGCCAAGCCGAUUUUUCUCACCGUUACGCAUAGUUCGAUUAAUGUUACGCAACAAUGGUGUCGAACGUUUGGCCACCGGUUGGCUUAAUGAUUUGGAAUCAAGCUUGGUGGAAAUAUUCAUUGUCGAACGAACACUACGUAGUUUACCAUUUGACAGUUUGGUUGAGUGUGAAAAAUUGCAAGCUGUCACCAUACAAAGUAAUCAUUUGAAACGAGCACCAUCUUUUAUGGGGCUAUUCAAUUUACGGUACAUUAAAAUUGAGGGAAGUGAAUUGAUGGAAAUGCCACCGUACGGAUUUGUUGAUUUGCAUUCAUUGGAGAAUGUUUACAUCAGCAGCAGUCCAAAAUUGAACCGGCUCGAGGUGGGUGUAUUCCAAAAUUUGGAUUUAUUGCAUACUUUGAAUGUGAAUGGCAACGGUAUCAGUUGGGUUCAUUUGCGAGCAUUCUCCAAUCUGCCAACACUUAAUUCGAUCGACCUCAGUCACAACGAAAUAUCCGAUGCCGGAAUGAUUGGCCGGGCCAUUAAAGAUUUACCCAAACUCGAGGUGCUGAAACUGGAUCGUAACUUUAUCACAACAUUAUCGGAAGGUACUUUCGUGGAUUUGGAAUAUUUGAAAGAGUUGUAUUUAAAUGACAACUCAAUAGCUGAGAUUCAUCAUGGUGCGUUUCAUAAAAUGCCACGACUAAAGCUAUUGCACUUGGAGAAUAACUUUUUGCGGCGCGUUCAUCCAGAAUCAUUUCUACAAACAUCUGGCAGUGGUGUUGAAUAUUUACACCUGCAAUACAAUGAAAUCUCGAAUAUUGAAGAAGUGAAAUCACUUUUGGAUGCGUUACCGAUGUUGAAAUUCUUGGAUUUGAGUUACAAUAAAUUGGAAACUGUUCCAUUUGGAUCGUUAAGAGGUCAUGGGUCACUGGAACAACUUUGCUUGGAUCACAAUUACAUCAGUCGCAUCGAACGAGACGCAUUUAUGGCCAUGCCCGGAUUGCGGGAGCUUCGUUUGAAAAACAAUAGUCUAACCGAGAAUACACCGUUACCAUUUUGGAAUUUACCUGGGCUAAAAGGACUGGAUCUAUCGGAAAAUAAUAUUUCCGUACUGAAUGACACAUUACUCAUUGGUUUACCGUCACUUCGUCGACUCGAUUUAAGCAAUAACAAACUGUCUGAAAUCGAUCCGGCCAGUUUUACGAAUAAUGCAUACCUCGAAACCAUUAACAUUUCCAUGAACAGUUUGGUGGAAUUGCAUCCAGCGACACUUCGUUUCCUGAAUCGCCUAUUCGAAAUCGAUGCCAGCUACAAUGAACUGAAAGAAUUUAUACCGGGACUGCCACGAAUUGUCGAACGCGUUAAUGUCGAAGGUAAUAAAAUAACAAUGUUGCCCAGCACAUCGACAAAACUCUUGGAUUUACCAAAUUUGCGCAUGCUGAAUAUGGGAGUCAAUUUACUGAAUAAAAUCCCGAAAAAUGCCUUUAGCACAUUGUAUCAGCUAAGAAGUUUGAGUCUCGCUCAAAAUCGGCUACGUACAAUCGAUGAACAAAGCUUCGCUGGGCUAGCCCGUUUGGAAACACUUAAUUUACAGGAAAAUGGAUUGGUGGCGAUGCAUGAGCGCGGAUUUUCACCACUGAAAGAUAUGCGAGAACUUAAUGUGCAAGGAAAUCGACUGGAGAUCCUUGUCGAAUGCAUCUCAGAGAAUGAACAACUCGAAAAAUUCGAUGCAUCACGGAAUAAUAUCAUGGAGAUUGCACCGCAAACCUUUACAAAUAGCAGGCAUUUACAUUCACUGGAUUUGUCUCACAAUGCUCUCAAACAAUUGCCACAGAGUUUGGCCACUUUAACUGAACUUCGUGAUGUUGAUAUCAGUUUCAAUCGACUCACGAUGCUUCCGUCCGAAAUAAUCACCGCAUGGCGUCAGAUUGAAAUACUCAAAGCGUCAGACAACAAACUGAUGGAGCUGCCGAAAAACACAUUCACCGAUUUACCGAAAUUGGAAUACUUGGAUUUGUCUAGUAAUGAAUUGAAAAUCAUUGAUUCGGGAUCGAUGAAAAAUUUACCCGAACUACAAGAGCUUGUACUGGCUGAUAAUCAGCUGGCUGAGCUAGGGGAACGGUCUUUUGAAGAUUUACCUAAUUUGCAGGCCCUACAUUUGCAGAACAAUUUUCUCCGCUAUAUAUCCCCAAAGAGUUUUUAUCAUACAAACUCGAUUGUGUAUUUGAAUUUGUCCUACAAUAAUUUUGAUAAUAUGGAACACAUGGGCUUGACUAGCGUUCGAGAUUUGGAGGUUUUAGAUCUGUCGGGCAAUAAAGUGCGUCGCAUUGCAACGAAUUCACUACGAAACUUGGACUGGCUGGUGGAACUGAAAAUGGACGACAAUCACAUCUGCAAAGUCCAAGGCGAACCAUUUUCAUCAAUGCCCCGACUGAAAGUACUAACUAUGCGAAACAAUCGAAUGAUAUCCGUCACUGAGCCAACAUUUCGGCACUUGCGAGGCAAUUUAGCGGUUUUAGAUUUGGAUGGAAAUCCAUUGGAAUGCAGUUGCAAUGUUUUGUGGUUGCGAGCAUGGUAUCAAGAAACUAAUUCGCAUCCGGGACCAAAGUGUAGAGAUGGAAAUCUCCUGACCGAUAUGCGCGUUUCGAAGAGUGACUGUGAUGCGUCGAAUGAUAAUCGAAUGAAUCAAGUGCUGCUAACAAAUGAGCAUGGUGAUAUUUUUAAGCGUCAGCUCGGCUUGGACGAAUGUGAUACUGAUCCGUACAGUGAAACCGAACAUAUUCCCGCAUCACCAAUCGAAAGUGAAUAUUUUUAUGAACAAUUCAUCGAUUAUCCGCUAAACGAUUCGGCAACUGAGCAAAGCGAUAAUAUGCAUCAAUCGAAUCAAAAUCAGUCACCAUUCAGUCGAAACAUGACUGUCAUUCGAAAUGAUACGGUUCUGAAUUAUGAACAACAUAAACUACAACAAUUGCACGAUAAAAACCAUGGAGGAUCGUCAUUUACAUUCUUUGGUAUGCCACUGCCUAGCAUAAGUAAUCUUUGGAGUGGCGGGAAUACUGCACGAAAAUCUACUUCACGUGCUGACGUUGAUGCGAAUGGAAAAUCGCGUUUAAACAGUUUGAGAAACUAUCGACCACGGGCAGGUGAAAUUAUUGACAGUUUCCAGUUUUCAAACAAUAUACAUUUACCGCAGCCACCUCAAUCGUCGUCGUUGCAACCACAAAAGCCAACGCCGGCAACGCUUAAAGGUGAUAAAGAGCCAACAAAUAUUCAUCCUCCUCCUCCUCCAAAUGGCCCAUUUCCACCACCGGACGGUGCAUUUUUGCCACUACCAAAUGGAGCAUUGCCACCACCACCACCAAAUGCAUACCACACGAAUGUGUAUUCUGACCCACGAAUAGAAAAGGGUGGUUUUGUUCCAAUCUUACCGAACGGUCGCAAAGGAUUCACACCGAUUCAAAAUCCAUUUUCAUCAAAUGACACGGAAACGGAAGAAGACACGGGUGAUGUUCAAGAGACUGUGAGCACUGAGCUCAAGCCAAAUGUUAAUUUGGAAUUUGAUGACAAUUUGGAUUAUGUGCCCGAUAAUAAAUACCCAGUGCUGGUGCCGACUGUGAGUGCUGAUCCAAAUCAAUCGAUUCAGAAUGCUCCUCAGUCGCGUUUCAAUGUUUCAUCGUUGAAAAAGGGUGAAAUUAUAGCGCCAACGAAAAGUUCAAACGGAAUUUCUUUGAUUCGUUCGACUGUUGCACCAGCCACAUCAACAAUAGUAACGUCGAAAACGACACGACGAACGGUUACCGAAUUAAAUACACAUGAAAUUCUACCUGAUAUCGAUCGUAACGGACUCGACACCGAACAAGCUAAACGGAAUAUCCAGAAGAUAACUAGCAAAGCACCGAAACAUCCUGCACUGCCCCCAUCAACUCAACAAAACCCGGAUGUGAUUGUUGCAACAACACAAUUUUUCCCCACAUUCAUGCCGAAUUCGAGUGAUGUAAUCAAUUUAUCAAAGAAUCGAAUUCCAACGAAUGGAACAAAUGGAGGAAAUGGUAUUGGUCCCGGUAGUGCACUAUCAGCUCUAGUUGCACCUGGAGCACAGCAAGGCAUAUACCGUACACCUCCGGGUAGAUCGGUCAUUACGAAAGUAUUUAAUAAUACGAUACCCACUUCAAGCUUUGCACCAACAUCAAUUCCAACGCAAUGGACAACUAGCAAACCGAUCACAACCUCAAGCCCAAGUACAACUACAACUACCACCACCACCAUCACGACCACUACUACUACUACCACUCCUAAAACAACAAUAACGACCACAAAACAACCGAUUGCACAUAAAUUGCCCACCGCUGAAGAAUACCUACGAACAACAUCACAAGAUAAUAGCAUCAAAGAAAAUACAACACCAAACAGUCAGUCAAACAAAACGCCCAAUUCAAAUGAUCUUGAAGAUCAGGCGACACAAUACAAGGGUGACAUGAAUUGGUAUUAUAGCAACUACAAUCGAAGCAUAUGGAAAGAACCACAACUUGAUUCUGGCUUGCAUCGAUUUAGAACCCAUUCCGGAAGCAGCCGUUUGGCCGCAUCACAUUUUACCAUCAUAAUUUUUACUUUAAUUUUAGCCACAACAAUUUUAGAUAAAGUUUAAGAAUGCUGUAACAUAGAAAUGAAUGAGACCAAAUAAAUAAGCUUCAAUU